AUGAUUUGGGAGUUUGAUUUGCUGAACACUGCCACGUGGCUGACCCAUUUUGACGAGUUUACACGAUUGCCACGUGGAUUCCAGGUAGGAUUUAUCGGUUGUUGAUAGUUUGAGCCAAUUUUCGGGCAGAUGCAACUGCUACAAUCGAUUUGGCACGUUUGGGGACGUCUUUAUAAAGUUGUAGAGACUGGACGGCUGAGAAAAACGGAGGAAUUGACGGGCCGACAUGUGCAAAUUUGCAACAAAUAUUGUUUGGAUCUGGAUAAGGCCAAAGUGGAAACGUCCUGGUUCUCGCCGUAUCCGUUGGAGCAGAUUCAAUAGUGAGUGUGAGGAACUUUGAAUCGAGAUUGUCGUGUUCAGAGACGUCCUAUAAGUCUGAAAAAUUUUUUGUGAAAAGUUCGAAUCUUUUACAAUAUUCUGUCAGUUGACGACUUUUCACCACGACCACUCUCUGGAUUACUGUAGCGCUUGGAAGUUAGCUUUGCAAUUUCUAUGCCUUAAAGUAUUGUGAACUUCCAAGAGCUACAGUAGACCAGAAAGAGUUUGUACGAACUAGUUGUCAACUACAAAAAUUAAGUUUAAGACUUGAUUAACAUUUUUGUACUUGACAACUUUUUGCCAUAACUACUCCUUGCGAUACUGUAGCUCGCGGAAGUUUCCAAGACCUACAGUACUCCAGAGAGUGAAAUAAAGUAAAGUACAAAACACUGACGUUUCACAAAAACCGUGCAAUUCUCUUUUACAGCUUUCUGGGCGCAGACAAAGAUGGGAAAUGGCAACUGGACGACUAUAUCCAGCCAGUUUCCGACUUGAAAUUAACGGAUGUCGAGCUCACGUUCAUGUUCGCUCAAUUGUGCUUCCAACACGCCGGUAGCCGAUUUCUGGGUGAAAUUAAAGAGGUCACCGAUAGAUUUGUUCAAAUUCUGGCCAACGAUCUACACGAUUAUUAUUCAAUUGAAAAGAGGAAAAGCCCGAAUUACGCAGGAAGGCUCGCUCGAAUUUUGAAGAUAAAUCAAGGGAUUCAGGUGGGGCUCUCUAGAAUUCGCUCUAGAAUUCCGACAAUAUCCAACAGUUUUCAGAGCCAAAUUCGUGGACAGCGAGAAAAGGCGCACAUCGCCCUCACUUUCGACAUUUUCACCGCCGACUUUUCGCACCCCGAAAUGUUCAGCGACACUGGUUGUUAG